CUGAUUGGCUGUGUUCACGCUGCUGCUGAUGUGGUGUUCUGAAGAUAGCAACUCCGGUCGGCUGAUUCAAACAGAUUCUUCGGUGGAAUAGUAACUUUUCUUUAUUAAAAUAAUGCCUUAUUAUCAGACUUGGGAGGAGUUCGCCCGCGCAGCAGAAAAACUGUAUCUGACAGAUCCCAUGAAGGUCAGAGUGGUUCUCAAGUACAGACACUGCGACGGUAAUCUAUGCAUCAAAGUGACCGACAAUGCCGUGUGUUUACAGUACAAGACAGACCAGGCCCAAGACGUGAAGAAGAUCGAAAAGCUCCACGGAAAACUGAUGAGACUCAUGGUGUCCAAGGAGACGCACAGUGGUUCCAUGGAGACGGAUUAAAAUGCUCUAGAAGCACUGACCUUCUAGAGCACCUGGACUGAGUUCAGUGGACCUGGUGAUUGUUGAGAGCACAGUACCAUGGGAGUACGAUGUGGAGUCUGAGAGAAUGGGGGUGGUAAAGAGGGAAUGUGGUGGGAUUGAUCUGACCACCUACACUGAUUUAAUACUAUCAGAGAUGCGAUAUAUAUACUGUAUAUAUUUUAUUUUCAGGAUUUUGUUUUUUAUGAUACAUUUGUAGUCAUUAAAAAUCCCAUCAUCCUGUUUUUCCUUGUCAGGCAUUUUGAUCACAUCUUGAUGGUAUUAAUAUAAAGUAAGGUAGGCUGCUGGGGAGUUUUGGGGAAUAUAAUGAUGGGAAAAUGACAUACAUUAAUUACAUACAAAAAUUACAAAUCCCCUGCUGCUGUCUAAGCAGCUUUGGCACCUUGGUUUCUUUGUCACUUUUAAAGAGGAUGAAAAGGACGGGGCAUUGAAGCCAUAUGUCUCAUCUAUUUACAUUUAUGUUGCUAUUUUUGUUUUUUCACAUGGACUUGUGCCACAUGAAUGAAGCAGGGCUCUUCUGAUUCCCCAACAACAAUGUGGAGAAACCUACAAUUUCUACCCCCCCCCCCCCCCCCCCCCCCCCACAUCGCCACAUCGCCACAUGCCAUUUCUUAUACUGAGUUACAUGUUCAAUAAAUGUUUAUUUAGCCCAGUACAGCUGGUAUCUCUCCUGUAUUCAUCUUGUGGUGGAGUGUAUUGUAUUGUGCAUAUUGAAGAAAUUGCCCUUGUUGUGUGAAUGAGAUACUUUGUUGAUCCUAAAUGGCAGCAGGUGGUACAGAAAGUACAAGAACAGAUGCAUACUAUAGACGAGUUAAUUAAAAACAAACUACAGUUUA